AUGGGAGAAGCCAAUUAUCAACAACAGCAGCAACAGCAACCACAGAAGAUACGCGAGUACCAGUUGCAGCAUCACGACGAUGACGAUGACGACGACGACGACGACUGGGCCAAAACUAGUCUCGUCUUGGCUGACUCAAAGCCUCGGCAUGUGUCCGACCGAAACGCCGCGCCGCAACGCUUAGGGGCUGCUCUGGCUCUGGCUAUGGCUCUGGCUCCGGCUUUGCGCUGUCUCCUGCCCCUGGUGGCCGCGCUGCUCGUCGCGGCCGGCGUCCACGCGGAUGUCUCCCACCUGGACACGGAUCUGCAAGAGGACGGCUACCACUACAAGCAGCCAUCGGUGCCCUUCCCACCGCCUGGCUCCGGCAAUGAGAUCGACGAUUCGGGCAUAGGACCGGGUCCAGCUCCUUCGGCGCCAGGACCCUCCUAUGGACCGCCUCAGACGCAGCCGCCGCCGCCGCCACCUCGUCCUCAGCCCACAGCACCGGCUCCUUCUUACGGCCCGCCUCAGACCCAGCCGCCACGCCCUCAGCCGCAGCCCACACAGCCUGCGCCCUCGUAUGGGCCUCCCCAGACGCAGCCACCUCCACCUCCACCACCGCGUCCUCAGCCCACACAACCAGCUCCAUCCUAUGGUCCUCCCCAGAAACAGCCGCCACGCCCACAGCCCCAGCCUCAACCGCAGCCGCAGCCCACUCAGCCAGCGCCGUCUUACGGACCUCCCCAGACGCAGCCGCCACCACCACCACGCCCACAGCCCCCAUCCCCACAGCCUGGACCGGAGUACCUGCCUCCUGAUCAGCCCAAGCCUCGUCCCACACCACCGCGCCCACAACCACCACCGCCGCAGCCGCAGCCACAGCCUCAGCCGCAACCCACUCCCGGAUACGGACCACCACCAAGGCCGCAGCCGCAGCCGCAGCCUCAACCUCAGCCACAGCCCAGUCCCGGAUACGGGCCGCCACCAUCCCCGCCGGGACCAGCUCCCACAGCUCCAGCUCCAUCGUAUGGGCCACCACAAACGCAGCCACCUCGUCCACAACCACCACGCCCACAGCCGCCACGCCCACAACCUCCUCAGCCUCAGCCACAGCCUGGAUCUGAGUAUCUUCCACCACAGGGAGAGAAUGAGGUGACGCCUUCGCAGCCCCAGCCAACGGCUCCAGUUCCGGACUAUAACCCACCACCCGGCCCUACUUACCAGCCACGCCCACCUGCACCGCCCGCACCACCUGCACCCACAUACCAGCCACGCCCACCUGCACCACCCGCACCACCCGCCCCGCCAGCACCCACAUAUCAGCCCCGUCCUCCAGCACCGCCCGCACCACCCACCCAGGAGUACGGACCACCGCCAACCAGCCCCGGAGAGGAGGUGGCGGGCUCCCUGGGACCCGAUGGCUACAACUACAACAAGCCUGCCAAGCCGUUCACCUUCUAG